AUGUCGAUGAGACCUGACGACCACAGAAGAAAAUGGGACAGGGAAGAGUACGAAAAGCUGGCCGAGGAUCGGAAAAAAGAGGAAAAAGAGAAACUCGAGGAAUUGGACACGAAAAAGAAGGGCCCCCCAGUCAAAAGGGAACUCCUCAAGACCAGAGAAUACAAAGUCGACUUGGAUUCGAAAUUAGGCAAGAGUAUCGUCAUAAACAAAAACACACCCACCUCUCAGUCUGGAGGAUAUUAUUGUAAUGUCUGCGAUUGUGUUGUUAAAGACUCAAUCAAUUUCUUGGAUCAUAUCAACGGAAAGAAGCAUCAACGUAACUUGGGCAUGUCGAUGAAGGUGGAGAGAAGCUCUCUUGAUAGCGUCAAGCAAAGAUUCGAAUUGAACAAAAAGAAAAUGGAGGAGAAAAAGAAGGAUUACGAUAUGGCUUCGAGAAUGCAGGAAAUUGCUGAAGAGGAGGAGAAAUUGAGGGAGUACAGGAGGGAAAAGAGGAAAGAAAAGAGAAAAGCAGAGGAAAUGCUGGAUGGUAAUGAACCUGUCGAUGAAAUGGCUGCUAUAAUGGGCUUCUCUGGAUUUGGAGGUUCAAAGAAAAAAUAA